CUCCUGCUGUGGCCGAUGUGGAGGAGGACUGUGCUCAGAGGAGGUGGGAUGGCCUUCAUAGUCGGCUGCUGGCUCUGGAAGAGAGCUGGCUUCUUCCUCCCUCUCAGGUGACAGACUCAUCUACGAGGCGCGGUGAUGGAACAGCAGGACACAUGAUUGGCACACAAACCCUGAAAGAGCUCCAAACCCACAUCAGCCAUCUGAGAGAGCUGGGACACACAGCGACAGAGACUCAGAGUCAGGCCUCAGCUGCUGACGGCGCCCAUCAGACGCUGGACGAGGGUUUGUUUCAUGUGCUACACGGAGCGUCCCUGUCUCUGUCCUCUAUCAACAACCUGCUGCAGUCGCCUGCUCGGACGACGCAUGAAGAAGACACACAGCUGAAGCUGCUGCAGCUGCAGAGUCUCUCGGCAGAGCUGACUACCCUCGGCAGCGAGCUGUCCUCUCAGGGGUCAAAGGUCAGCCGUGUCCUGGGGUCACAGUGUGGUCAGCAGUGUGUGGAUGACCUGUGUCGAGUGCUUCCUGUGGUCCAGGCUGCGCUGAGCAGCAGAGAGAAGCAGCUCACACACCUGCAGGAGGAGACGGCAAAGCAACAGAUACAACUAAAUGAGUUGCAUGCAGCCUUCGCUUCUAACCAGGCGACGGUUCACCAAAUAACUCAUGAAUUCAAUGGAAGCCUGGGCCUUAACAAACAACUACAGGCUGUGGUUCAGAUGCAGGAGUCUCUGCAGCAGCAGGUGGAGCAGGUGAGCUCCCUGCUGGAGGAGUCUGACCGACACAACCUGCCUGCAUCUUUCAUCCACCAGGCCUCACAGCUGCAGGGGGAGCUGACCAGUGCUGUGGGUGGUGUUCGCUCCCUCUGUGAGGAACUGAAGAACAGUGUGGAGCUGCAGCAGCAGUAUGAGCGGCUGGUCCACAGCCUGGAGCAGCUGCUCGCGCUGGGCUCUGAGCGCCUGGCGCAGCAGCCUGACACAGAGCUCCACAGCAGAGCUCAGCUCCAGCAGCAGCUCAGCAGUCACACGAAGUUCUUCCAGCUCCUGGGGCAUCAUUUUAAGAUCCUGCAGUAUCUGACCCAGAGAGUCCCUGAGAGCGCCCUCCAGAGGUGGGAGGGUGUAGUGAUGGGCCUGCAGGAGGAAGUGACCCAACUGCAGCAGCAUGGACUGGAGAAAGGGGCCAGGAUGCAGGAAACAUUACAGAUGUGGUCACAGUGGGAGGAGGACAGCGCCUGGUCAGGAUCCCUGCUGACAUCCAUUGAGACUUCAUUUCCCAAGACGCACGAGGGGGUUGAUUGUGAGGAGCAGAUAUCAGAGAAGCUCUCUGUCUACCAGGAGCUGCGUGGGGUUCUGGAGGGGAACAAGGCGCGGUUCAGUCGGGUGUUGGAGGUGGGGCUCUGGCUGCAGGCGGCGGGAUGCAGAGGAGUGGGCGUGUCCACCAGAGAGCUGAAGACCUGCUGGAGAGCUCUGCACAGGAAGAUGGAGCACAAAUGCACAGAUGUAGAGAGGAAGAGGAAGCUGAGGAGCAGGUUUUUCCGUGACUCUGCUGUACUGGCUGACUGGAUGGGCGGGGCCAGAGAGCUGAUAGACAGAUGCAGUCAGCUCUCUGUCUCAGCUGAGGAGGAGGUGGACAUCAGACAGAGGCGCGACCAAUACCUCCAGUUUGUGACUUUGACCAAAGAGCUUGAGGCCAAAUCUGACCUGAAGGUGGCUGUAAUCGGUGCUGGAACCCAGCUGCUCCAGCUGAGGAAGGAAGACGGAGACUCAGAAAGAUUCCCAGAGGACAAAGACACUUCACUCUCUCAGACUUCAGACCCAAAUCUCUGCUCUAUUGAAUCACACCUCAGACAGAUAGAGCUGGACUGGUCCAGUCUGCUGGCUGAUGUUCCUGUCCUGCAACAAGCUCUGCAUAAGCGAUGGAUGGAGACGUCGACCCAGCAGGGGGCGCUGCUGGAGCCGCAGGCCUGGCUAGAAGCUGCUGAGAUCCUGCUGGAGGAGCAUCGCAGCAGAAUCAACCAAACCUCGUCCACUAACACUGAUCUGAGUCAGCUCCUGAAAUACUGCAAGGAGUGUCAGGCAGAGAUGUCAGCCCAUCAGGCCACACUGGACUACGUGAGCCAGCCGUUAGAGACAUGCAGUACUGAGGAGGGCCAGAGGAGGCGCUACGAACACAAGCAGUUUGCAGAGGAGCAGGGUCGUCUCAACCAUCAGUGGCUCAGUUUGCAGGAGAGGCUCAACUCUCAGAUCCAGGAGGCGGAGCAGGAGCUGAGGAGCAGAGCGGAGCGGGAGGCCCGACUGCAGCACAUCAACAGCUGGAUCACAGAUCAGAACUGCUGGAUGGACUCAGCUCAGACACCCAGCAGCCACAUGGAGCUGCAAAGGAGCAUCAACACCUGCCAGCGUCUAGAGGAGACGAUCAGGCAGAAGUCUGCAGCUCUUCUGGAGCUGAGAAACAAAGUUGAUGGUGAAGGAGGAAACAGCAGCUGUGAUUUCAUCUCUCAGACAGAUAAAUCCAUCCAGGCCUGUGCUGCUCUCACACAACGGUACGACGCAGUGAAAGAGAGGCUGAUUGGAGCCCAGCAGCUGUGGAGCUGCGUGGAGAAGCAACUGAAUCAGAUGCUGCUGAAAACAGUGAGGACAUCUCAGACUCUUGAGUAUCACAGCAGCCCUCAGCUCUCCCUGCAGGCACACAGAGAUCGCCAUGAGAAGCUGCAGCUUCUUCGUGAGGAGACAGGAGCUUCAGAGGCAGAGUGGGACGAACUGAGUCAAACCGCCUCCUCCCUCAAAGACAUCAUCAGUCCUGCUGCCGCCGCCCUCCUCACAGAGCGGCUGGACAGACAAAGAGACAGCUGGACUGAGGUGUCCGCAGCCUUGGACCAGCAGCUCCAGAGGAGUCGCAGCGUCCUGCAGGUGUGGGAGGUCUACGCCCAGCUGGCUGCGUCUUUCUCCCAGCGGCUGCAGACGCUGCAGAGUGACGUCAGAUCAGCGCUGAGUGGAGCACCUGGAGACGAUAACACUGUGGAGCAGGUUGCUGUGAAGAUUUGCAGCGUUCAGAGUCUCCUGCAGAGGACGGACACUCUGCAGUCCGACCUGGAGGGGGUGCUGGGGGCCUCCAAGGACGUAAUUAGCAACCUGGAGCCUUCAGCUGCCAUACUGGUCCAAUCAGAGAGCCGGUUGUUGUCACGUGGUGUUCAGCAGCUCAGCCAGACGGUGACGUGGAAGCUGGGUCAGCUGCAGGAGGAGCUCGAGCGGCUGCAGGAGUUUGGAAACGCCCUGGAGUCACUGGAGAGGAACCUGGAGCUUUGGCAGGAGCGUCUGCGCGAUGUGGGCUGGACAGCAGACCAGUCUGGCCUCCUGGAGCUGAGCGGCCUGUCUGCUGACCUGGAUGUGCUGAAUGAGCAGAGCCGCAGCGUGACGCUAGGUGACGCUGCAGCACGCCGCCUACAACGUCUCAACCGCUGCUGGGCCGACGCGUCCGCCAGAGCUGAGGAGGCCUGCAGUGAGCUGCAGACGGAGGCUCUGAGGUGGCAAAGCUUUGAGCGCAAGUGUGAGAGCUGGAUGUCUUUCCUACAGAGGAUGGAGGACAGCCUGGCUGUAGAUGUGGCCGGCUCUUACAUCGGCCUUAGACAGCAACUCUGUACACACAAGCGGUUUCAGGCAGAGCUGUCCACUGGUCACCAGAUCCUUCACUCAGUCAUCACUGAGGCUCUCCAACUGCUGCAGAAAGGAGAGGUGGAGGACAGGAGUGACUUCAUCCUGAAGCUUGCCCAGCUCAGGGAGCACUGGCAGGGGGCGGUGCAGCGGGCCGACCAGCGGCGCUCCCUGGUGGAGGGGCUGGUGAAGCAGUGGCACCUGUACAGCCGCAGCCUGAGGAAGCUGCAGAGGUUCCUGUCAGAGACACAGACACUCCUUCCUCCCACCACACCUGCCCACUGCAGCGUGCAGCAGCUACGACACUCGCUCCAGGACCUUCAGCACACAGAGCUGUUGUUCCAGAGGUACCAGUGCAGCUUCAUCCACACUCUGGAGGUCGGCCGGCAGCUCUUCUCCAUGGGGGACGAGGAGACCCAGACUCAGCUGCAGACGGAUUUGGGAAGCCUGCAGGAGGAGUGGGACAACCUGCAAAGCCUGCUGGGCCGGAGGAUGGACCUCACCGAGGCGAUCGUCAAGAACUGGGAGCGCUGCGAGGCCGGACUGGCUGACAGCAUGCUGCAGCUGAAGGACGUGAAGACGAGACUGAACCAGUCGAUGCCGGAGUUUGACGAUGAGCUGCAGAGCACCGAGAAAUAUUACAAGGAGAACGAGGACUCCCUGGAGGACUGGGCUGAGAGCCUGACGGAGCUGAGCACCAUGAAGACGGAUCUGUCCCAGUACAUCAUCGCAGACGAUGUCCUACUGCUGCAGGAGCAGGUGGAGCACCUGCACUGUCAGUGGGAGGAACUCUGCCUCAAGGUGUCUCUGCGUAAACAGGAGAUCGCAGAUCGUCUGAAUGCGUGGAUCAUCUUUAACGAGAAGAACAAGGAGCUGUGCGAGUGGCUGACACAGAUGGAGAACAAGGUCGCGCACAACUCGGACCUCAACAUCGAGGAGAUGGUGGAGAAGCUCAAAAAGGAUUGCAUGGAAGAGAUCAACCUGUUCAGUGAGAAUAAAACCCAUCUGAAGCAGCUCGGAGAACAACUCAUCACAGCGAGCAACAAGACGAAAGAGACGGAGAUCAACGACAAGCUGAAGGACAUCAACGACCGCUGGCAGCAUCUGUUUGACCACAUAGAGGCCAGGGUGAGGAAGCUGAAGGAGACGCUGGUGACGGUGCAGCAGCUCGACAAGAACAUGAGCAACCUGCGGACGUGGCUGUCUCGCAUCGAGGCGGAGCUGGCCAAGCCGGUGGUCUACAACGUCUGCCACAGCGAUGAGAUUCAGAGGAAACUUGCUGAGCAGCAGGAUCUGCAGCGGGACAUCGAGCAGCACACAGAGAGCGUGGCGUCGGUGCUGACGCUCUGUGACGUCCUGCUCCACGAUGCAGACGCCUGCGGCAGCGACUCGGAGAACGACUCCAUCCAGCAGACCACCCGCAGCCUGGACCGACGCUGGAGGAACAUAUGUGCCAUGUCCAUGGAGAGGAGGAUGAGGAUUGAGGAGACGUGGCGUCUGUGGUGUAAGUUCCUGGACGACUUCUCUCGCUUUGAAGACUGGCUGAAGACAGCUGAGCUCACCGCAGCGAGCCCAGACUCUUCUGACGUCCUCUACACCAGCGCCAAGGAGGAGCUCAAGAAGUUUGAGGCGUUCCAGCGGCAGGUUCACGAGCGUCUGACACAGCUGGAGCUGGUGAACAAACAGUAUCGCCGUCUGGCCCGGGAGAACCGAACUGAUGCUGCCAGCAAACUUAAAGUCAUGGUCCAUGAGGGAAACCAGAGGUGGGACAGCCUGCAGAGGAGGGUGGCCUCUGUUCUGCGCAGACUCAAGCACUUCACCUCUCAGAGAGAAGACUUUGAGGGAACUCGUGAGGGGAUCCUGGUCUGGCUGACAGAGAUGGACCUGCAGCUCACCAACGUGGAGCACUUCUCCGAGAGCGACAUCGAAGACAAGAUGAGACAGCUGAACGGCUUCCAGCAGGAGAUCACCCUCAACACCAACAAGAUCGACGCCCUGAUCGUGUUCGGGGAGAACCUGAUCCAGAAGAGCGCUCCUCUGGAUGCCGUGUUGAUCGAGGACGAGCUGGAGGAGCUGCACUCCUACUGCCAGGAGGUGUUCGGCAGAGUGGCUCGCUUCCACCACCGCCUUGUCAACAGACGCCCAGUUCUGGAGGAGGAGAGGGAGCUGUCAGACCACGACACAGACCUGGACGACUCACCUGAUCUGACCAACGGGACCUCCUGGAGCGAGGCGAGGAAGAAGGAGGGGGAGGUUUCAGCAGGAGGUGGAGUCUCAGCUGGACGGCAGGUCAUGUGCCACCUCCUAGCGCCCCCUCUGGAGCGGUCGGGAAGAGAGACCCCCGUUAGCGUGGACUCCAUCCCGCUGGAGUGGGACCACACUGUUGAUGUGGGAGGAUCGUCGUCACACGAAGACGACGAAGACUCCACCUUCUUCAGCGCCCUGUCAGACAUGAAGGUCACAGAGAGCUCAGAGUCCUUUGUUAGAGCGACUGUCAGAGCAGUGAAAGCUGCGUCGGUGAAGUCAGUGACCGACCCGCCUAGCUGGCACCAGCCCGGCUCCCCAGAGAGGAAACGAGUCCCCCGAGAGAUGAUCCGAGGCCUGAGCUCAUCUCCCACACACACCACCAGCACUCCAUUCCACCAGCAGGGCUACGUUAAGCUGAUGUCGGAGUGCAGUGGCAGCAUCAACACUGUGAAGAGAGUCAAGCUGAUCCUGAACGAUGAGGAGGAGCUGGAGGGUUCGGGUCUGACCAGCAGCACGGCCGACAAACAGACCAGCACAGGUGUGAUCGAGCGCUGGGAGCUGCUACAAGCACAGAAGUUCAACAACGAGACGGACAUUAAGCAGGACCUGGAGCAGUGGCGGAAGCUGAACUCUGACCUCUGUGACGUCACUUCCUGGUUGGGCAGGGUGCUGCCAGAGCUGGAGAGGCUACAGCGGAUCGCACCGUCCACCAGUAUCCGAGACAUCGAAAUCAACAUCAGGAAACAUAAGGAGAUGCAGAAAACCUUCAACAGCUACAAGUGUCUCAUGAUCUCUGCCAACCUGAGCAGCCGCCACUUCCUGCGGGGCGACAGCGCCGAGCUGCGGGAGCUGCAGGAGGCUCUCAGCUCAGCCAAUCACAGCUGGACGCAGGCCUGCAGCGGCCUGGAGAGCUGGGAGAGGAGGCUGCACUCUGCACUCAUGCAGUGUCAGGAGUUUAAUGAGACGCUGCACUCCCUGCUGUUGUGGCUCGCUCAGGCUGAGAACACACUCAGCGCUGUGAAUGUCAGCUACCAGUCGACGUCACGCGCCGCCCUGCUGGAGCACAGAGACAUGCUGAGGGCUCUGCAGGAGGAGCUCUGCAGCCGCCAGCGGCAGGUCUCCUCGCUGCAGGAGAUCUCCUCUCAGCUCCUCCUGGAGGCCACCGGAGAAGACAGCGUGGAGGCCAAGGAGAAGGUCCACGUCAUCGGCAACAAACUGCAUCUCCUUCUGCGACAGGUGGCUGCUGACCUGCACACGCUGCAGGGGAGACUGGAAACCUGCUCAACCAGCUCGGAGUUGGACAGCAUUGGUCUGGGAACACUCCACUCUCCUCUGCUGCUGCACAAGGAGGAGGCUGCAGGUCUACAGGCAGCUGCAGUUGGACAGCCUGCCACAAGAAGGGAGGAGAGGAGGGAUUCUUCCCCACAGAGACCCUUCUUCUACCGGGUUCUACGAGCUGCCUUCCCCCUACACCUGCUCUUCUUCAUGCUGCUGGUUCUGGCCUGCCUGGUGCCUCUGUCUGAAGAGAACUACAGCUGUACACUGUCCAACAACUUCGCCCGCUCCUUCUACCCCAUGCUGCGCUACACCAACGGCCCUCCGCCCACAUGAGCACUGCCACAACACCCAGCGAGUUCCCAUGAUCUGGGGAGGACUGACGGACUUAAUCAAAUGUGAGGUUGUAAUCCUUCACAGUGUGAUGGUGUACAUUUAAAGACACCUUCUCCCUGCCACACAAAGAGGCACCACCCUUCAGGUGUAGAGGCCUCAUCUUUUUUUUCUUUUUUUUUAAACUAAAUAUUAUUGGUGUAUUUAAAUACGUAUUUAUUGAUUGUGGAGUUCCACAGUUAAACAAAAAGAAGCCAUAUCACUGGUUUGUUUUAAAGUUUUGUCAUUUUUAUAUGUAGAGUCACUGUCUAACGUCCCCACCAAACAUCUCCAACACACGGUGCAAAGAGAAAAAGGUCUUGAGAUUUAUUUUAAUACCUACAGUAUAUUUUCAUUUUUGUACUUUCACUACAGUCUGUGGGAUCUAAUCUGAAGGAUAAACGACAGUUCUUACCAAAGCAUCCAGAAAUUAAGUACACCAGCCAUUUUCUACCACUGCAGCUAUUUGUACUGUUUUUCAUAGAAGGCAGCCUCUUGUUGUUAGCACAUUUUGUACAGAAGAGUUGAUUUAGAGAUAUUUAAGAAGAAAUGAUCUGUAAGAUGAAUUUUUUUUUUUUAAAUGAUGGCAGUGACUCAUCUGCAGACAUGCCUUUCUGUAGCCAACUGAACAACCGUAAGUUUAUCAGAUAAUGUUCUUUAUGUUACUGAUGAUUUUUGUAUAUAAGGGCAAACUACUGAGAAAGAAAUAGCUAAAUUAUUGUUUCUGCAUUUAAGUUUGAGUGUGGCACUGAAAUAUAAUCAAAGUAAUUUGAUUUUACAGUUUGAGAUUUGUUCCUAUGAGUGUGUGAACUUUAUGACCAGUGGCUUGGAGGUUCAAGUAUUUUAGCAGAUCGCUGAACCUAAAAGAUUGGCAUUAUGUAAUUCUUGACCACCAGGGGGCAGAAAGUGUCAAAACAUACCUUGCUAAAACAACAGCAAGUACUUUCAGCCAACAUGGUAGCAUUACAAACUGCCUACAUGAGGCCCAGGCACACCAAACCAGCAUCAAGGAGCUAGUAGCGAGGAAAGCCGACUGUUCCGUUACCUCACAUCGCCUGCUUCUCAGCCACAAAGCUGCACUUGAACACACCACAAUGACUAUAACCAACAGCCAACUCGCAUGUACAUUCAUGUGCCUGCAUGAGAGGAAAUAACUCUCCAUAGCAGCAGGCGGCAGUAGUCUGUAUUCGUCAUUCAGAAAGGGGAACUAGAAGACCAACAGGACCAUGGGUGUAUAAAGAGAACUGGAUACAGCAUUGGAGGUCGGCCCCCAUUCAUUUCUAUAAAAGUUGCGCGUGAAGCCAAAAAAGCUCAGUGUCUGCGGUAUUAAAGUACCCAGAUCUCCAUACUGUGGGGCCCACAGAGCAAGCACACUAGAGACUUGCGGCAGCCGAGCUGUUACCUUCAGAUUUAGCGCUCUGCUAACUUGAAUGGUGACAAAUAUUUAAUCAUGCGUCUCUUUUACACUUUAGAAAUGAAAGUGGACCAAAUGGAUUAAAUCCUGAUCUUGAAAUGAGCCACUUCACAGGGGCUGACUCUCUCAAAAUAAUGUAUCCACUGAUUUACAGCUGUCUCUUUCCUGUCAUUGGGAAAAGUCUAUUUGGGUCCCAUGGCACCAUGUGACGGACCCAAAAGUUGUAGUUAUGUGGUUUGGCCAUUAUGAAAAUUGGCUUCAAAGCCUGGGGCACUUCCAGGAGGCCUGGAUAGGACGGACUCGACAUGCUAGUUAGCCAGUUAGCAUAUUAACAACACAACCUGAUGCUGACGGAACAAAGGCUAUUUACUGUGUGCUAGCAAACAAACACAAACAAGUACGAACCGUUUCUGCUGAAAGAUCAACAGUUUAAAAAAAAAAAAUCGUACCAAAAAUAGCAAGUCAAUCUUAUACCCUCCGGACUCUAGUCCUUUGAUUGGCUGUUCAGCUCAGUGUGCGAGAAGAUAAAACAGAAGUGAGGAAAACAAACAGUGAUUUCACUCACCGACAGGCUCCACAGGGCGCGGCAACAUUUCAACGCGCUGAAGCAUCCGAACAACAGAAGACAAGGGCCAACUAGUGCCAACAGUACAGUACAGGACACAGCACAAAACCAAGGGAAAGAUGCUCACCAGCAUCACCCGACGGCUCGGUAUGUCAGGGCCCUAACACAUCCAACAGACACAGAUUCAGCCAACUGAUCUUUCUGCAGCUAUAAAACCAAAACGGUUACCUGUAACAGGCUUAAAGUUCAGUACAGCUCUAGAGUUAGGAGUUGAUCCUCAGUGGGUUUAAGUUGCAGUUCAUUCAUUGUAAUAUCAAAAGUAUUAUCUACGUUCUAAAGAGAGGUUCAUCUGUGUUGGGAUUUGAUAAUAAGUCCUGUGUUGAGACAUUAACAACUAAAUGGCUGAGUCAUCUUAUGUUAAAUGAUCUAUACUUUACCCCUUUACGAAGUUUAUAAGUUUAGAACUUACCCAAUGCUGUCCCAAGUCCUCCGAGCCCUGUGGAGUAAAGCCCUGCAGACAUGACACAUCCAACAGGUUAAAACAAAACCUGACAUUUAAAAGUACAGCUUUUGGUUUAUAUUAUAAAGUAAAUGAGUGAUUUACCUGAACGCUGCUUUAAAACUCUUGAGUCAUGCAGUUGAAGGACCAGUGUCAAAACCUCACGAGUCAGACUUGGAGUAGAACAUGAAUGUAAGUGAUCCUUUGGGCAUUUAAUGUAGCUGUGUACAUGCACAAUCAAAGAUCAUUAAAUGUUAUUAUUAUGGAUCCUAAAUGUUAAAAAGUGUGUGUGAUUUGAUUUGAACUUCAGUGUUUGAUCCUGAUUUGUACAUACUCUCAGCCUCACCUCACACUCAGCAGAACAGAAACAAACAACAAACAGUGUGUAAAGUUUGAUUUAUUUUGUGAACUCUUAUUUAUGGGAUGUAUAGAUUGUCCUUUUUUUUGAUUGACAAUAAACUGUGUUUGCCAUGA